UCAAGUGCUCAACCAUCCCACCGCGGCAACACUCUCGUUCUUCUUCUUCUUCGCUUUGCAGUUUUACACUCCUAUCUCCCUCUCUUCUCUCUCCCUUUCUCCUCUCUCCAAUUUGCUACUUUUCAAACCCUAAUUUGAUUGUUCUUCGAUGUUCUCGAGGUUAGGGUUUAUUGAUUUUAGUUUUAAGGAUUUAACUAGUUUUUAGUGGAGCGGUAUGGGGUCUUGUCGAACUCGUAACCAUGAAAGUAGACCAAUUAUCAAGAAUUUGAAUCUAAAUGUCGGUGGUUCUUCUUCGCCUGGUGGAAAUAAGGUUCCUGUUUGUGAUGAUAAAAUGUUUGGAAAUACUCUUCCUUAUGAAGACACAUUUCGGAUUCAUGACGAGUUUGACACAGAAGUUAUGGAUUUCGAUGUGGAAACACAACCUCUAGGUUUCGACGACGAGACACAAAUUAUGGAACUUUCUGGAGAAACUCAAGUGAUGGAAGAUGACGAGGAUGAUUGUGUUCAGCAUAUGGACACUCAGCUGUUAGAUAUAUCUGAUGGCGAAGGUUGUGAGUACACGAGUGAUAUGAAAUCCUCUCCAAUGGGUUCAAUUGAUGUUGAGUUACAAGGGAGAAAUGGCAACCAAACAAGUGUCUUUGAGGAAAAGGAAACUCCAAAUUGUCAUCAACAGGAUGGAGGAGCUAUGCAUUCAGAUGAUGUAGCACAAAGUUCCGGUCCUGUAAGAAAAGGAUUUGCUUCUGUUCGCACAGCUUCUUUACGAGCUGCUGGUCUUGCAGCACGUCAAGCAGCUGUAAAGAAUAUUGACAGUGGAACUUCUGAACUUCACCCGUUUGAUGAUAAUGACAGAAAAUCAAUUGCUGAGAUUGUUGGUGGAGAAAAUGAUAUAGAAAAAUAUGGAAAGGAAGGAUUAAGUGAUGGAGAUAAAAGCAACGUUGCCAGAUCAUUGGCGCGUAAACUUUUUAUGGAUGAAGAUGUUGCUGAAAUAGAAUCUGAUGAUUACUUCAGUGAUAGAAGGGAAGGCUCGUCUCAAUUUCCUUCUUCUGAUAACGAUGUGGCAGGACUGAGUUAUGUAGAUUCCCAGGAGCCUGGAGAACUAUCACAAGCUAAUGCUCUUGAAUUUGUUGACAGAUUCCUAAACGUUAAUGAGUUCAAGUCAGAUGAAUGUGUAAAGCGUAAAAAUGCUGUUGCUGAAUUUGUAAGUCCUGGUGCCAUUGCAAAAGGAGCACAGAGCAUCGCUCAACAAGCUACUCGUAAAAGCACUCAUGCUGAAACUUCAGUAUAUGAAUGGGAUGACAACCUUGAGGACGAAGGAGGUGGUGAUUUUUUCAUUAAGAAGAAAGAAGUACUUUAUGGGACCCCUAAAUCUCAUCCAAAACUACGGAGUUUCCAACAUCGUGAACUGAGAGGACAUCAAUCUCUCGGGAAGUUACAAAAUGUGAAAAAGAAGCAAAAUCUAAAUGACUCCAAUACAGGCUCUUUUCGUUCUGAUUUAAAGUCGAUAAAUGGUGGAGGGAACUGUAAAAUCAAAGACGUGGAUCUGGAAAAGAAAAAGUAUAAUUGCUCAAGCGGGCAAUUAGGUUUGGGUUCCUGCAGUCAAGAGACAUUAGCAACAGUGCAUAAUGCUCAAUCAGUGGAUAUGCAUAAUGUUGGAAUUGACACUCAAAUGGCCGCUGAAGCUAUGGAGGCAUUGGCAGCUGUAACUGCAUUUGUGGAUAGUGAUAUUGGUAUGGCUGAUAAGGGUUGUCAUAGUGAGAGAGACCAGAAUAAAAAAGAAGCUGUGAAAAAUGAUAUUUCAAAUCAAUGGUCUUCUCUUCAGAAAAGAGCGCGACUUUCUGCAGCAGGAGUUGUUACUAGAUCCAGAAGUAAAAGGACUAUCAGGACACGUGGACAACCCACCAUGGCGAAGUUUGAUGUUGGCCUAAUUAACACUAAGGCGAAACAGAAAAGGUCAAGUAUAAAUAACUUUUCGGCAGAGAAUAGGAGGAAAUCAUCUGAAAUAGGUCCAUUGAGUGUUAACGAGAGUUUGGAACGAAUUACUGCGGCUGACUGUAGCAAGGUUGAUGGGCCGAGUUGUAGAACAGGAGACAUUCAGUGUACCUCUAGCCUGGACCAUAGAAGUGGGGAGAAAAGGUAUACAUGGAGUGCUGACAGGGCCCUGGAAAUCAAUAUGGAAUCCAUUGCUCGACGGACAAGGGCAAGAUCAAGCACUACUCAGUGUGCAGAAAUUUCGCAAGAUGAGGAAGGUCUAUUUUCCUGUCGAAUAACAUCAGAAGAUGAUCGCCAGUUGUCUUCCAAGAAGCAGAAUGCGGCUUCCCCUCCUGCCAAAGGAACCUUAGGUUCUGCAACAAUGCAUGGAUCGCCCGGAAACUUGCAAAAAUCGUCUAACCAAGCGGAUACUACCCCUAUUAACUUAAGAACUCCUGCAAGUGCAGUUUCGCCCAUUUGCAUGGGUGACGGAUAUCAUACACCAUCUUGUAAAAAGAGCUUAUCCCUCAAGAAAGAAUUCAACAGCUUAAUUGACAAUGAGCAGCGAGGCAGCUCUCCCUUUAAAGGUUUGAGGCGGAGAAGAGAUAUGAAUAGUGUUCGUGUUUUGUUUAGCCGGCACUUGGAUGAUGAUACCAUUAGGCAGCAGAAGAAGAUUUUGUCUCGUUUUGGUGUUUCAGUGGCAUCUUCAAUUCUGGAAGCCACACACUUUGUUGCUGAUAUGUUUGCACGCACAAGAAACAUGUUAGAAGCUAUUGCUUAUGCGAAACCUGUUGUGACGCAUUUGUGGCUUGAGAGCUGUGGGCAAUCUAACUGUUUCAUUGAUGAGAAAAAUUAUAUCCUCCGAGAUGCCAAGAAGGAAAAGGAGCUGGGUUUCAGCAUGCCAGGGUCAUUGGCACGUGCAAGUCGCUACCCUCUUCUGCAGGGUAAAAGAGUUCUGAUUACUCCAAAUGCGAAGCCUGGCAAAGAAGUAAUUUUGAGCUUGGUUAAGGCAGUUCAUGGCCAGGCUGUAGAAAGGAUGGGCAGAUCCGUAUCUAAUAUCGAUGACCUGUUGGUUAUAUCUUGUGAAGAAGAUUUUGAAGUCUGUGUCCCGCUGUUGGAAAAAGGAAUUGCAAUUUAUAGCUCAGAGCUGCUACUGAAUGGAAUUAUCACCCAGAGGCUGGAAUACGAGAGAUAUCGUCUCUUUGUGGCUCAUGUAAAGAAAACACGCACAACGUUAUGGCUGAAGAAGGGUGGAGAACAAUUCCUUCGUGUGACCAAAACUAAGUAGUAUUCCCUGAUUAUGUACUUGUAAAUACUUGUUCCAUUAGCAUGUUUGUGUAGCCAUCUGAUGUAAGUAGUUAAUUCGCUUUGUUUGUUCAAGUUGAAAUCUAUUUGUUGAUUCUU